AUGGUCCUGUCUUUGCUGAACCUGUGCGCCCGGGAGGUGGUGAGCGACCACAGCUCUUCACCGUAUUGGUUAAGUUGUGUGCCGAGGGAGCUCUACCGAGCGUUGCUGGACGCCGCCUUCGCCCACUGCCGUCCUCUAGCCGUCGGCGAGCUCGUCCAGCGGUGGCCUGAGCGAAAACUGAUCGUUGGAGGCAGCAGGAAAUCGGGCGAGUGCCCUCCGAACCGCCUCUGCGUUCAGGCUCUGCUGCUGGCUGUGGUCAGGGGACUGACGGACAAGAGGUGUUGCCUGCAGAUGCUGGAUCUCAGUGGGCUUCAGUGUGAGGAUGGGAGAGUUGAGGACUCGAUGGGUGGAUGGUCCCUCAGUGUUGCCCUUUGCUCGAUGGUGCUUCAAGCUCGAGCUGCUGCCUCCAGGGCUCACAGGAGAGAUGGAGAAAGAGAGAGAAAGAGAGGACUGGAAGCAGAACGUGACCGGGGCGCCAUCAAACGAGACCGGGGCAAGGUAGGGUGCGGGAACAGUGGUGAAAGCAGUCAAGGAGGACACAGAGUGGAAGAAGUAGAGAAGAUGGAUUGCAGAACGAAUGAACAGAUGGUACCAGAAGACGAGUCAGUAAAGGGUAUCAGGAGAAGGAUGGAGAUCCAGAGAAGAAAGACUUUAUCUGAGGGGAAAUCAAACACCAGCAGUAAUAACAGUAGUUUAUCUGAUCAAGACUGGGAAGAGGUGGUUAUGGUCCAUGUCAGGGCUGACAUUUUUGUCAAUUCCCGAUCUUGGGAGCGUGUCCGUGAUGCCCUUAGUCAACCGGGCCCACUGCGGCUUCGUUGCCGCUACCUCCGCGUGGAGGAGCUCUCAGCACCCUCCAUAGCUUCCUUACUGGGUCUCUUGCCUCAGCAGGAUCUCCUCGGUGUGGACAUCCGCUACUCCAGCCUUGGGGUGUCGGGCCUGGCUAUGCUGCUUCCACUGUUAGCUCCUUUUCCUCAGCUGCACUCUCUGAGACUGCAUUACUGUAACUUGGACUUACAACGCACACAGCCUGGCCAGCAGGGGGCACUUCAGGACAUGUCUAAAGGGCUGGGUUCACUGAAGAGACUAAAGAGAUUAUGCCUGACUGCACUCCGACUGCCAGGACACCUGCGCCUGCUGCUCAGCUCUCUUUCCCAGCCUCUGGAGGUUCUGGAGCUGCCAUACCUGUGCCUGACCUCCACGGACCUGGCCUACCUCUCUUGCAGCCAGCAUGCCUCAUUCCUAAAAGAACUUGACUUGAGUGAAAAUUGGCUUGAUGAAUCGUCCAUGCCCUCUCUGCGCCGUCUCCUAGCUCAAGCCCAAAACUCUCUGUGCCAGCUUUCACUUUGUGGUUGUGGCCUCUCAGACGCCCUCCUGGGAGCUCUUCUUCCCUCCCUGUCCUGCUGUCGGGCUUUACGUAGCUUAAGACUGGCCUUAAACCCGCUCUCUAGAACGGGGCUGCUUUCCCUGGCCCGUACAGCAGCAGGAAUCCCUUCUCUUCGUCUGCUGCUCUAUCCCAAUCCACUAGAGGAAUAUGAGCCUGGUCUGCCAGCUCUCCCCUCCAGUGCUCAGCUGCUGGACUGGCCUCUGCUAGAGGAGUCUGAGGGCAGGGACUUAACGCUUAGGUUGCUAGAUGAAGUUCUGAACUUGAGAGGACGAUCCCGGGACCUUCUUGUGACCUCUGACCUUUUAAAUUAUAGCCCAGACUUAACUGUGGAUGACUAGAGGGUGAAUGUCCCAGAGCUCACUCUCUUAAUAUGUGACAAUCAAAACUAUAACCUAGUACUCUCAGAUUGUUUUAACAACAUAAUCGUGAUUUAAUGGGGAAUUUACUUGUUGCCAAGCUUUUUCAGUAAUAGCAAACCUUAUACACACAAUUGUAUAAAAGGGCUGCCUAGUGGAAACCUUAGCAUUAUAUUGUAUGCAGCUUCUCACAUGAAAUGAUUUUUAUUGUUGUUUUGCAUUAUGUAUGGGUUUUAUUGCCUUAAAUCAUACUGUAGUAGGGCAAUGUUAAUGGCAAUCAACAACAGAAGGAACCACGACACCUCUUAAAAGUUUUUUUUAAACUAAACUCGUGUUGACGUUUCUGAAUUUUCUAUUCUACAGUCCAAAUUUUCUGUAUUUUUCAGGCAAAAAUCUGUUUUUAUUUUUGUGUGAAUAUUUAAAAUGUUCAUGUUCUAUAGUGUGAAAUGCUUUUCAAUAUUAUCUGCUUUCACUCCAGUCUAAAUGAAUCUUUGACCUGUUCAGUGUCUCAUGAAGGAAAUCAAGACUUACUGGGAAAUGAAAAACACCCUCAUCUUGUUUCAUAUAAUCUAUAUGAUUUGAUGAUUAUGGUGUUGAAUUAAUGUUCACAGACACAGAAUUUAACAGGGUUCACAUGAAACCUGAAAAAUUAAAAAUUAUUCCGA